AUGAAAGGGAAGCACUCGGGGCUGUUCCAGUUUCAUAUUUUUCUUCUUCUUAUCACAAUCCAAGCAUGUAUAUCCGGUGGAUCAGACACCUUAUAUGCAGGGAAAUCUCUUUCAGGGAAUGGCACCAUAAUAUCAAAAGGAGGAGUAUUUGAAAUGGGUUUCUUUUCCCCUGCUUCUAACUCCAAGUACUACUUGGGCAUAUGGUACAAAGGCCUUCCCAUGCCACAGAAAACAGUGGUUUGGGUUGCCAACAGGGAGCAACCUGUCUCCGAUCUAACUUCUGCGUCCUUGGAAUUUCGUGAUGGUGGCACCUUGGUUCUUCACGCCACGUCUGGCAAAAUAUUCUGGAGCGUUCAUUUGGAUUUUGGCAGGCCUCUUCCAAAUGUUACGGUAGGUGUUCUUGGUGAUGAUGGAAAUUUCAUUAUUAGAGAGAGUUUCAAUUCGUCCACCAUAUUAUGGCGAAGUUUCGACUAUCCCACGGAUACUCUCCUGCCCGGUGCAUAUAGAUUCGACUCAAUAGUAUUGGCAUCCUGGAAAAAUCCAAAUGACCCUUCUUCUGGAACCUCCUAUGCUUAUGUCCAUAUCAGCUAUGGUUUUGCUAUGAUUGGGAUAUCUCAAGAUGGGACUUAUACGCUGAGCAACCGUUACACUAUAGCUACGUCCUUCGACCCCGAUCAUGUGAUAUUAUCUGUUAGGCCGCGCUACCAAGAUGGUCUGUUCAGAUAUGUGUUGGAUGCAGAUGGGCAGCUCAAGCUAUUUGGUUGGUGGAAUGGUUUGCAACAUUGGAAAUUGAUCCUUCUUUUAUCACAGCACUUCCCUAGUCCCUGUUCCUCCUGUGGUGAGUUUACUAUUUGCAAUCCCAAUGACACGAUCCCUUGCCAUUGCAUCAGAGGAUUUGUUCCAAUUAAUCAGCACGACUGGGAUUCAGGGAAUUAUGAAUGCGUUUUGAAGAUAUCUCGAUAUUGCUUCAACCGCACAAAAGACAAGUUUUUUAUUAUUCCCAAUGCAAGCUAUCCAUCGGAACCACAACUUUCGGGAGCCAAUAAUUCUGAUCAGUGUCGAUUGGCAUGCUUAGAAGAUUGUCGUUGUGUUGCAUAUGCAUACGAAUAUGACCUAUGCUUCACUUGGCAAGAAUUGUUCUCAUAUAUUCCGGAACUCUCAUCAGAAUUAAAACUAGGGGGAGAUUUUUAUGUUAGAGUUGCGGCAUCUGAAAUAGAGGGUAGUGGGAAUAAGAGUCAUGCCUGGAAUUGGUGGCCUAUUCUUAUGUCUCUUGCUGGCAUUGGCGUUGUUGUGAUGUUGAUAAUUAUGUGGACCAAACUGCAUGGUUGUGGAGGUUCCUUGGAGACGAUGGGCGGUUCUCUGAUGCAUUUCAAUUACCGAGAUUUGAAAAAGGCGACAAGGAACUUCACACAGGAACUCGGAGAAGGCGGUUUCAGUACUGUUUACAGAGGCGAAUUCCCAAAUUCGACUUUGGUUGCGGUGAAGCAACUUAAAGGUCAAAUGCAUGAAGAGAAACAGCUUCGUGCAGAAGUGAGCACUAUCGGAAUAAUUCAGCACAGAAAUCUGAUUCGCUUAAGAGGCUUCUGUUUAGAAAAAUCCAAAAGAUACCUGGUUUAUGAUUACAUGCCAAAUGGGUCUCUAGAAUUUCGUCUAUUUAAAAAGAGUAACGAGAUUUUGAAUUGGGCAAAGAGACUCACAAUUGCACUUGGAACUGCUAGAGGAUUGGCUUACUUGCAUGACUCGUGCAUAGAGUGCAUCAUCCAUUGUGACGUCAAACCAGAGAACAUUUUGUUAGAUGCCGACUUUGAACCGAAAGUUGCUGAUUUUGGGCUUGCGAAGCUCUUAGGUCGAAACUUCAGCCGUGUUCUGACCACCAUGAGGGGUACCAGAGGAUACCUUGCACCCGAAUGGUUUUCCGGUGAAGCAAUCACUCCAAAAGUUGAUGUAUAUAGCUACGGUCAAGUGCUUUUUGAGAUCAUUUCUGGUAGAAGGAACAUGGACAUGCCAAAUGAUGAGUUAAGUGACUAUUUUCCAAUGCUGGUAUUGAAUGCACUAAACAACGGAGUAGAACUAAUGACAUUGGCAGAUCCUAAAUUGGAGGGUGAAGUGAAUAAAGAAGAGUUGACAAGAGCAUGCAAGGUUGCUUGUUGGUGCAUUCAAGAUCAUGAACAAGAUAGACCAACAAUGGCUCAAGUGAUUCAAAUUUUGGAAGGAGUGCUUCAGGUAGACGUGCCUCCAAUUCCACAGUUUUUUCGAUCCCUUGCGAAAGGUUCCGCAAAAACAAGUCGUGUGGAGACAAGUGAGGCUUACAGUACCUCGAAUUCGUCACCUUACAGUUUCAGCUUUCAACCACCAGUGAAUCCUAUCCAUUCUGUCAUACCAUAA